GGAAAGUUAAAAAAGAAGAAAUAAGAAACGUCAGACCUGAAAAAUGACAAGUCGAGAUUUCUGGUUCAUAUUCUACAUACCCUUUUAUGGCAAACAUAACCGCUAAGCGGUUGUUCACAGAUUAGAUUAGAAAGGAAUAAUAAAAGAACUUUCAUACUAAAAUCCUAAGAAGUGGGUAAUAUCAGUGAUAAAACAACCUCUAAUUUUGCACACCUUUUAAAUUCAAAAAGCAAAACAAUUGGAAAAUGUCUUAUGCCUCAAAAAGUAUUUAUGCUGCUCUUCCAAGAACUCAGCGGGGCCAACCACUUGUGUUGGGUGGGGAUCCUAAAGGGAAAAACUUUUUAUAUACCAAUGGAAACUCUGUUAUUAUUAGAAAUAUUGAGAAUCCAUCAAUUGCCGACGUUUACACUGAACAUUCUUGCCAAGUAAAUGUUGCUAAAUACUCUCCUAGUGGUUUUUACAUAGCUUCAGGGGAUCAAUCUGGUAAAAUAAGAAUUUGGGAUACAGUCAAUAAAGAACACAUUCUCAAAAAUGAAUUUCAUCCGAUCGGGGGACCUAUUAAGGACAUUGCUUGGUCUCCGGAUAAUCAGAGAAUGGUGGUAGUUGGAGAAGGACGUGAACGAUUUGGACAUGUCUUUAUGUCUGAAACUGGAACAUCUGUUGGUGAAAUUUCUGGUCAGUCUAAACCAAUCAAUUCCUGUGAUUUUCGACCAUCAAGACCUUUUAGGCUUAUCACUGGAUCCGAAGAUAACACUGUUGCAGUUUUUGAGGGGCCACCAUUCAAAUUUAAAAUGACAAAACAGGAACAUACACGAUUCGUUCAAGCUGUUAGGUAUUCACCUUCAGGCAAUUUGUUUGCUUCAGCAGGAUUCGAUGGUAAAGUUUAUCUCUAUGAUGGUGCUUCUUCAGAUCUAGUCGGAGAAGUAGGAGCUCCAGCCCAUUCUGGAGGAGUCUACGGAGUAGCUUGGAGUCCUGAUGGCAAACAGUUACUGACUGCGAGUGGUGACAAGACAGCAAAACUUUGGGAUGUAGAAACUAGACAAGUCGUAUCUCAAUUUGUAUUAGGUAGUACAGUUGACGAUCAACAAGUUUCUUGUUUGUGGCAAGGAAAUUAUCUUCUUACAGUGUCUUUGAGAGGAUUCAUCAACUACUUAGAUGUUAACGAUCCAAACAAACCAUUAAGAAUAGUCAAGGGACACAAUAAACCUAUUACCGCACUAACACUUAGUGAGGACAGAACAACGAUGUACACUGCUUCGCAUGACGGCAACGUUACAAAUUGGAACGCCGAAACUGGAGAAAAUGACAGGGUAGAAGGUACUGGUCAUGGAAAUCAAAUCAACGGUAUGAGAGUUUGUGAAGGAACACUAUAUACAUGUGGAAUUGAUGAUAGCUUGAAACAAAUUGAUCUUGAAGGUAAUACAUACAAACCCGAACAUCUGAAAUUAGCUUCUCAACCAAGGGGAAUGGACAUAUUGAAAGAAGAAAACAUUGUUGUAGUUGGUAGUGUUAAUGAAAUUACUGUAUCAAAAGAUAAUCAAAAACUUAGUGCAUUGAAAGUUGAUUAUGAACCUUCCAGUGUUAGUUGCUCACCCAGAGGUCACGUAGCUGUAGGAGGAAACAUGGAUAAUAAAGUCCAUAUAUACGAACUAAAAGACAAUAAAUUGGAACCCCUGACUGAAUUGAGUCAUCUAGGACCAGUUAUUGAUGUAGCUUACUCUCCUAAUGAUAAGUAUCUAGUUGCAAGUGAUGGUCAUAGGAAAGUGGUACUAUAUAGUACUGAAGAUUAUAAGCUUGCCAAUAAUAAAGAAUGGGGAUUCCAUAACGCUCGAGUGAACUGUGUAGCAUGGUCACCAGAUUCUGAGUUAGUAGCCAGUGGUAGUUUAGAUACAAGUAUUAUCAUAUGGCAUGUAGAGAAGCCUACCAAACAUAUUGUUAUUAAAAAUGCUCAUGCUCAAAAUCAAGUGACGAGACUUGCCUGGGUAGACAACACCACCCUCGUUUCUGUAGGACAAGACUGUAAUACCAAACUGUGGACUAUCACACCAUUCUAGUAUUUUUGCAAUGCCUCAAGAGCUCGCGAGUGAUGUGUAUUUACUAAUUAAAAAUUAUCUUAUUAUUUUAUUUAUACUUCCGCUUUAUUGCAUUUAUUGACGCUUUUUUGUUAUCUAUUUUAAUAGUUUCGAGACUUUGCACAAUUAAUUAUUAUAUUUCAAAAACAAUUUACAAUAUAUGGAUAAGCUAGUACCAAAACUCGUAUUAUCAAAACAGCGCAAGAUGAAACCUAAUUUUCUACAGUUUUCCAUUGGGAUUUUAAUGUUGAAUUUUAAAAAUAUUUUUCUACGAAGUUUUCUUAAGAAAAGAACUUCUUUUUCUCUUUAUAAUUGGAAAAAUGCAAUUUGUACUAUUAUAAUAGGUGACGAAAAGUUUACUGUUAAUCCAUAUCUAAUUUAUUAUUUUUAAUUUCAUAUUAAAGUUUGAUUUUUAAAAAUUGUGCCAGUGUAAUUAUUUGAAAAAGUAACAUCUUAUUUCCGGUCAAUUUUUAAAGUAGUUGAGAAUACUUUUUAUUAACAAUGGAAUGUAUUAAAUAUCGAAUAAGAUGUGAAUAUUCGCUAAACGAAUGUAUGUUUUAUUAGGAGUGUCCAUGAAUUAAUUAUAAAAGCUUUAUAAAUCUAUAAAUAAAAUUGUAUUUCUUCUA